UUUGUAAAAUGGCGUAAAUUGAUAUUUUCACAAUAAUUUUUGUACAAAAAAUUAAGAAUUCUUUUUCCAAACUUCAUACAAAUUGGUCUUUGAAAAUUGUCAAAGUCAAUUUUAUCAUGUUCAGUUCUCCAAGACGCGAUACCCUCGAUGGACCCAUUUUCCACUCAACGCCCAAGGAACGUGUGCGGGAGAUUUCUCCUGGUCCGAGAUCACCACCUAGAAUUCCAGUUAGCGUUUAUGGUUGGUACCGUGUCCUGGUUUUCUGCAAGAACCACCGAGAAACCAAGGGUCGUGUGAUGCGGCGCCUGCAUCGGCUGGUGAGUCCUCAUCCGUUGGCGCCGCGUUACAUGCACCCCGGUGGCGAAAAGGAUGCAACGCACGACAUCGACGCAUUUCUCACUUUCUACGUGAAUAGCUAUUUGAUAGCAAGCGAACUGAAUCGCCGAUGCAUGCGUGAACCCAAGCUGUUUCUGAAGAUCAGCGAUCGAAUGCCCCUGGUCAGGUUGGAUGAUUCGUAUAGGUGGCGACUGAAGAGAACGCUCAAGGCCAGGUACGACCCUCAGACUAGGGUUCUGGACCUUACACAGUUUUAUACCGACUACGCUUGGCGCAAUCAUUUCUGUGCAUUGGCCCAGCCGCAAUGCCUCGACGCGGCCAUCUCGAUAAUUUCCAGAUUCAUGCCGGACCUGCUAUGUCUGAAGUUGGAUCGCAACUUCCUGAGGAAUCUUCGGCCAUUGGCACACUUGGAUCGGCGCUUGCCGGAUCUUCGACGCAUCUCUCUGCUAAACAAUGACAUAGAUAGUUUGGAUAUGCUUCAGGUGUUUAAAGAUCUACCCAUGACGGAGUUGGACAUCAGGCACAAUCUUCUAUCCCCUGGCUACGAAGAGGACGUCAUCCGGAUGUGGCCCACUCUAAGAGUUUUGAACGGGACCUCCAUCGGGUUGGAGAUACGAAUAACUUGCGACGUUGAUCCGGUGGAGAGACUGAGUCGCCAGACCGGAAUGAAUUCAAUUUUCAGCCACCAACUACUAAUGCAAAACGAUGGCGACUUCUCGAAGGCACUUUGGGUAUUUGAGGAACUCUAUUAUGCCAAUCAGAUUCCUGAGAAAGCAUUCAUGUGAAUUUAAUGGAAACUUAUACAUUUUUAAUUGUAAUCUUUCCAUCAUGAACAAGA